AUGGACGAUGUUCCUCCAGUCCGGUCUCGAGACGGGGUUGCUGAGGAGAAGUUACCAUCCGAUAUAGAAGUGAUAUCGACCAUCAAUAAAACUCGUUCAGGUGGCUCUUCUCAAAUCUUGCAAGAACCUGCAAAGUCAACAUGUCCUGCGAACCCCACCAUUCGACUUUCCGGCGCAGAAUACAACAUAGGAUCGCACCAAUGCGCGCCUCGUCCAAGCCGUGACAAGAUGUCUAUACCACUAAACAUGGCCGACAUGAACCCUGCAUUGCCCCCGUAUCAAGCUACCGGGGUUCCUUUUGGGCAACAGUACGUCCAGGCGCAUCAAUCGCCAGGGAUUAUGUAUCCGGUUCAACACAUGCCCUACAUGGGUCAAACUCCAGGCCAACCCAUGUACAACGUACCCUAUUCGCCAGGAUAUCAGAAUCCGUAUAUGCAGCAACAACCUCAGGGAUACGCAACAUAUCACCCGCCGAAUCCAGCUGCCAAUGCGGGAAUGUAUAGUCCGUCAUAUUACUCGCAGCACCCAUACAACACUAGGUUUGAAACAAACCCAACGGCCUCGAAGGAUUACCACCCCUCUCAAUUGACGCAAGCACCGCCAAAACGAGAGAUAGAGAGACGGGUUUCUGCGGCAAACUAUGAUGUGUCACAAACAAUCGUCGACGGGUCCUCUCCUAUGAAGCCUUCACGGAGAGGUUCUUUGAAUAGUCCGGACGAACAGACAGCAUUGCGAUUGCCCUUCACAGCUACAUCCAGUGCACCACGCGGUCCGCCGCGGAAACCGAAGCAGUCUGGGCAUGCUCUGUGGGUUGGCAAUCUCCCGCCGGCGACGAGUGUGAUUGAUCUCAAGGACCAUUUCUCUCUGGAUGCGACGGGUGAUAUCGAAAGCGUGUUUCUGAUAGCGAAGAGUAACUGCGCAUUUGUGAAUUACAAAGGCGAAGAUGCCUGUGUGGCGGCAGUCACGCGGUUCCAUGAUUCUCGCUUCCACGGUGUGAGGUUAGUGUGUCGGCUGCGGAAGGGAGUGACCGUGCCGGGGUCGAGUCAACCUCCUCCUGCCCAGCCGGCCGUCAACGUCAACAACAACAACACCGCCUUUACAGCCCGCGAGGAUGCCAGCGUGCUGCACUCUGCAGAGGAUGGAGGUGGUCCUGAGAGCCCCGCGCGGAAACGGCCACGAGUGCCUGAGCGAUUCUUUAUUGUCAAAAGCCUUACUGUCGAGGAUCUCGAGGGGAGCCGCCAAAGCGGCGUAUGGGCAACGCAGACUCAUAACGAAGUGACUUUGAACGAAGCAUACGAUUCUGCGGAUAAUGUGUACCUCAUAUUUUCAGCCAACAAGUCCGGAGAAUACUUUGGCUACGCCCGAAUGGCUUCUCCCAUCGUCGAUGAUGGCGAUCUCGCUCGAGAGGCACCAUUGCGUGUCGGGAAUACUCUGGCUGAAACAGACGACCUCGAGGUGAUCUCGACAGAAGCAACGGCGACAGCCCCGAAAGGAAGAAUCAUCGAUGACUCGGUCCGCGGCACGAUAUUCUGGGAAGCUGAUUCAUCAGAGGACGACGAUGAUGAGGAAGAGAAGAGUGUUGGUGAGGAUAACAGCAGCGAUGAUGAUGAUGAUGAUGACGACGAUGAGGAGGGCCCCGGCGUAGAUGGAAAUGUCUCUCGGAGUGAAAAGGGUGUCGUCGAGACACCCGACGAAACCGGGGCCACUGGUGCGCAGUCUCUAGGCAAACCCUUCCGAAUCCAAUGGAUGUCGACGGAUCGUGUCCCGUUUUAUCGUACGCGAGGACUGCGCAACCCCUGGAAUGCCAACCGUGAGGUCAAAAUCGCUCGCGAUGGCACUGAGAUUGAGCCCAGCGUCGGAAGAAGGCUGACUCAGCUGUUUCAUUCCCAUCUUCUUGGGCCAACAACACCGUCAAACGGACUGGCUGGAAUUGGUUUCCAGAGACCGUAUUGA